CCAGGCCAAGGAGAUCUCUCCCACGCCCCACUCCCCCCUCCCCUGAGUCGCGUGAGCUGGGAGCCCCCUUACCUCUUUCCCUCCCGCCCCACGCGCGACGUGGGAAUGGCUCCGCGGCCUGACGCGAACAGCUCUCUGGCCUCGUGGCCAGAUGCCCCCACCCUGGCGCCCAAUUCUGCCAACACGAGUGGGCUGUCAGGGGUGCCGUGGGCAGCGGCGUUGGCGGGGGCGCUGUUGGCGCUGGCGGUGCUGGCCACCGUGGGAGGCAACCUGUUGGUCAUCGUGGCCAUCGCCCGGACGCCGAGGCUCCAGACCAUAACCAACGUGUUCGUGACUUCUCUGGCCGCAGCCGACCUGGUCGUGGGACUCCUGGUAGUACCGCCGGGGGCCACCUUGGCGCUGACCGGCCACUGGCCCCUGGGCGCCACCGGUUGCGAGCUGUGGACCUCGGUGGACGUGCUGUGCGUGACCGCCAGCAUCGAAACCCUGUGCGCCCUGGCGGUGGACAGAUACCUGGCCGUGACCAACCCGCUGCGCUACAGCGCGCUGGUCACCAAACGCCGCGCCCGCGCCGCCGUGGUGUUCGUGUGGGUCGUGUCCGCGGCGGUGUCCUUUGCGCCCAUCAUGAGCAAAUGGUGGCGCGUGGGGGCCGACGCCGAGGCGCAGCGUUGCCACUCCAACCCGCGCUGCUGCGCCUUCGCCGCCAACAUGACCUACACGCUGCUUUCCUCCUCCGUCUCCUUCUACCUUCCGUUGCUGGUGAUGCUCUUCGUCUACGCACGAGUUUUCGUCGUGGCGACGCGCCAGCUGCACUUGCUGCGUCGGGAGCUGGGACGCUUCCCCCCGGAACACCGGGCCCUGCGCACCUUGGGUCUCAUCAUGGGUACCUUCACUCUUUGCUGGUUGCCCUUCUUUGUGGCCAACGUGGUGCGCGCCCUUGGGGGCCCCUCCCUGGUUCCCGACCAGGCUUUCCUGGCCCUUAACUGGCUGGGCUAUGCCAACUCUGCCUUCAACCCGCUCAUCUACUGCCGCAGCCCCGACUUUCGCUGCGUCUUCCGCCGCUUGCUGCGCCGCGGCCCGCGGGAGGAGCGCCACGCUGCCGGCGCCCCUUCCUGGACCCCUGCGGCCCCGGCCCGCCCUUCCGAGUCCCGGCAGUGCCCUCCGCUCAACGAGACAUGCAUCUUUGAAUUUGGGGCCUAUCCUAAUCCAGAUGAUCUCGUCGCAAGAUCCUUAUCUUAGGUUAUAUCUUCAAAGACCCUUAUUCCAAACAAGGUCCAGGUGGACACAUUUUGGGGAGGACAUUAUUCAACCCACUUCAGCGAGAGACACUUAUGAAUUCCUUAAUUAAGAGUUCUUGUCUCAUUAGAUUAUCAUCCACACCAGUCACCCCUCAUGGAAGGACUAUUCUCUUGGACUGUGUAGUAGGCAGAAUUCUGAGAUGACCCCCAGUAAACCAUGUCCUUAGAUAAUCCCCUACCCUUGAAUGUGGGUGGAACCUGUAAUUUGAUUCCAACACACACGAUAUAGCAAAGGUGAUGGGAUGCUACUUCUGUGAUUAUGUUAUAUGGCCGAGGCAAAGGAAUUUCUAAGAUGUAAUUAAGGUCCCUAUCAGUUGACUUAAAUUAAUAAAAAGGGAGAUAAUGCUGGGGGAACCAGGCCUAAUGAGGUGCUCCCUUUAAAAGAAGGUCAGAGGUAUGAGACAGAAGAAGUCAGAGGGACAAUCCUGCUGCGCUUCAGGAAGCUAGCCACCAUGAGUUCUACAACUGCAAGGAGUGGACUCUGCCAACAACCGUGUGAGUGGAAAGAGGACUCUGAACCUCAAAUGGGACUGUGGCCCUGGCUGAUGUCUCCAUUUCAUCCUGGUGAGAGCCUGAAUAGAAGACCCAGCUAACCCACACCCAGACCCCUAACACAUGAAAAUUGUGAGAUAAUAAAUGUGUAUUGUUCUAAGCUGCUAAAUUUGUGGUAAUUUGUUACACGGCAGUAGAAAAUGAAUAUAGACUCACUGCACAAUUCUGCCUAAGGUUAUUGUUUAUAACAGCCCUUCUC